AUUGUUUGGUUUUGCUUUGCAUAUCGGUCAAUUUUUCGAAGAAACGGUUACAUGCUUGUAACGUGACUUCAAUCGUUUUUAUAUUUUUUUAAAAUUUAAUUCUACUGAUAAACUAAUACUCAUUUAAGUUUAAUUUAAUAUCUAUAUUUGUUUUCGAAUCCUAGUAACUAGGUGAACUUAAGUAUUUAGUACAUAUUUUACCUCGAACUUAUUAAAAGUUAAUCAAGAUGGAUAUGUCAACUGAUAAUAUUAAUAAUUUGAUAAAAUGUCUUCAAGCCACAUUAAGUUCUGAUCCCAUUGAACGGAAGCAAGCUGAAAACUUCUUACUUUCAAUUGAAUGUAACAAAAACUAUCCAUUAUUAUUACUACAUAUAAUCAAUGCACCAAAUGAUGCUAAUGUUGAUUUGGUUAAAAAAAUUGGAGCUGUUACAUUUAAAAAUUAUAUAAAACGUAACUGGCCUAUUGAUGAAGACACCUUACAAAACAAAAUUGAUCAAGAAGACCGCUUAUUAAUAAAAGAUCAAAUUGUUUCUGUAAUGUUGAAUGCUCCAGAAGCUGUGCAAAAACAGUUAAGUGAUGCUAUUUCACUUAUAGGUCAACAUGAUUUCCCAGAUAAUUGGCCAAAUCUAUUACCGACAAUUAUUGAAAAUUUUGGAUCAUUUAUUGCCGCACCUACAAGAGAUUUAACUCCUAUUAAUGGAGCUUUGGAGACAGCUCAUUCAUUGUUUAGAAAAUAUAGAUAUGAGCUCAAAUCUCAGAAACUUUGGACUGAAAUAAAAUUUGUUUUAGAUAUUUUUGCAAAGCCUCUUACUGAAUUGUUUGUCUUUACUAUGAAUUUAUGUGAAGUAUCAAAAGAUCCUAAACUUUACAUUAUAGUACUUACUCUGACUAAAAUAUUUUAUUCGUUAAAUUAUCAGGAUCUUCCAGAGUAUUUUGAAGACAACAUGCAACUUUGGGUUACGAAUUUCCAAAAAUUGUUGGAACUAGAAAUAAAAGAAUUAGAGACAGAAAGUGAAGAAGAAACUGGUGUGCUACAUCAAAUUCAAUCACAAAUUUGUGAAAAUAUAUCAUUAUAUGCUCAAAAAUAUGAAGAAGAAUUUUCAUCUUAUAUGCGAACAUUAGUUACAAUUAUUUGGAAGUUAUUAAUUAAGACUGGAUCACAACCUAAAUAUGAUACACUUGUCAUAAAUGCCUUACAAUUUUUAUCAACUACUGUUGCAAAGCCACAGUAUCGUGAUUUAUUUGAUGAUCCAUCAGUUUUCUCUGCUAUAUGUGAAAAAGUUGCUAUUCCUAAUAUGCAGUUUAAAGCAUCUGAUGAAGAAUUAUUUGAAGAUAACCCAGAAGAAUAUAUUCGAAGAGACAUUGAAGGUUCUGAUGUAGAUACUAGAAGAAGAGCUGCAUGUGAUCUAGUUAAAGUUCUUUCUAAGGAGUUUGAACAAGUGACCAUGUCUUCAUUUGGUUUAUAUAUAAAGUCUAUGUUAGAACAAUAUGCAGCUGAUCAACAAAAUUGGCGUAGCAAAGAUGCUGCUUUAUUUUUGGUCACAACGCUUGCAUCACGUGGAAGUACACAACGCCAUGGGACUACCAAAAUUAGUCAACUUGUUAAUCUAGAAGAAUUUACUACAAUGCAUGUAUUACCUGAGUUAGCAAAUACAAAUAUUAAUGGAAUGCCUGUGAUGAAAGCUGAUGCUAUUAAAUACAUAGUGACAUUCCGUAGUGUAUUACCUCCACAAGUUAUUGUUAGUACAUUACCAGCCCUCACAAAACUUUUAGAAGCCGAGAGUGUAGUGGUUAGGAUUUAUGCUGCUGCUGCAAUUGACAAAAUUUUACUUUUAAAACAACCUGAUACCAAAACUCCAGUGGUCACUGCUGAAAUAUUGUCACCAUUUGCAGAACAACUUAUUAAAUCUCUCUUUGGAAUUCUAACAAAACCAGGUUCUGAAGAGAAUAGUCACACAAUGAAAGCUAUAAUGAGAACAUUUUUCACUUUGAAACAACAAAUAAUUCCUCUCUUGGCUGAACUUUUGCCUGUAUUAACUGAUAAACUUGCAAUUGUUGCACGCAAUCCAAGUCAACCAGAAUUUAAUCAUUUUCUAUUUGAGACCAUUUCAUUUUGUGUAAAAUUGGUUUGUACUGUUACACCUGAAGGUGUGAGUUCCUUUGAAGGAGUAUUGUUUCCUAUAUUUCAAAUCAUUUUGCAGCAAGAUAUUUUGGAAUUUAUGCCCUAUACAUUCCAACUUUUGUCUCAACUACUUGAAUUUCAUAGUGUUGGUAAUGUGAGUGAGACUUACACAAUUUUGUAUCCAUUUUUAUUGACUCCUGCUUUGUGGGAGAAAACUAGUAAUAUUCACCCAUUAGUUAGACUUUUAAGAUCAUAUGUCCGUAAAACUUCUCCAGAAAAUUUUGAAAAGUCUUUGAAUAUAAAUGGACUUUUAGGUGUGUUCCAAAAACUUAUAGCAUCAAGAUCGCAGGAUCAAGAGGGAUUCAGAUUAUUGAAAACUAUGAUAGAGCAUUGUCCUAUGGAAGUUCUACAACCUCAAAUGAAAAAUAUAUUUGUUCUCUUGUUUCAACGACUAACUUCAUCUAAAACAACUAAAUUUAUCCGUGAACUUAUUGUAUUUAUAUUCUUCUGUGUCAUCAAAUAUGGAGCAACAUUUAUGGUGGAUCUUGUAGAUUCAAUUCAAAAUGGAAUGUUUGGUAUGUUAUUGGAGAAAAUUAUAUUGCCCGAUAUUCAAAAAAUAACUGGAAAUAUAAAUAAGAAAAUUGCAGCAGUUGGUAUUAUUAAAGUACUUACAGACACACCAAAAGUAAUUGAUGGACCAUAUGCACAGUUUUGGUCUCUUCUUCUCCAAUCUGUGGUUUGCUUGUUUGAACUUCCAGAAGAUGAAACAGUAUAUUCUGAAGAUAAACUACUUCAAGAUGACAAUGAUAAUUCAUAUGAAGCAGGUUACUCUCAGCUUGCAUUUGCAAGUGAAACUGAAUAUGAUCCUUUGCAAGGAGUAGAAGCAAAAUCGUUUCUAGCUCUAUCAUUAACAAAAAUAAUGAGCCAAAUACCUGGACGGAUUCCUGUAUUGAUGAGUCAAGGUCUCACUGAAGAGCGACGUGCACAAAUACAAAACUACUUAAUAAGCCUUAAUGUACAAAUGAUGUGAAACUUAUUAGUAACUCAUUGAAAGUUCCCAAAUACAUUUAGUUUUGAGUUUUGUAUUGAUUUAACCAUAUUAAUUAUAAAAAUUAUUAAUUAUUUGAUUAA